CACCAAUUGAGCCACGAAUUCAAGUUUCCCAUCCAAUUCGGUGCCCCCACCAAUUAGUAAAAGCCUUAAUUAAACUAGAGCUCCUACAGGCUACAGGCGCGCACAAACCAGAGCGCGAAGGAUGAGUCCUGCCCUGCCUCAUACACAAGGGCAAACCCUCCCAGAUGCCUGGGACUACAAAGGCCGUCCGGUCGAGAGAUCUAAAACCGGUGGUUGGAUCGCUGCCGCCAUGAUUUUAGGUGGGGAGGCAAUGGAAAGGUUAACGACGCUGGGUAUUGCCGUCAAUCUGGUGACUUAUUUGACUGGAACCAUGCAUUUGGGCAAUGCUACCUCCGCCAACACUGUCACCAACUUCUUGGGCACCUCUUUCAUUCUCUGUUUACUCGGCGGCUUUAUUGCCGACACCUUUCUUGGCAGGUAUCUCACGAUUGCCAUCUUCGCCACCGUUCAAGCAACUGGUGUCACAAUCUUGACAAUCUCGACCGUGAUUCCCAGCCUCCGUCCACCCAAAUGCGCCGCGGACACCGUUCCGCCCUGCAUCCCCGCAAGCGGCAUGCAACUAAAAGUUCUUUAUCUAGCGCUGUACCUCACCGCCCUCGGCACCGGUGGUGUAAAAUCGAGCGUGUCGGGCUUCGGUUCAGACCAGUUCGAUGACUCUGACAAAGAAGAAAGAGCCCAAAUGAGUAAAUUCUUUAAUUGGUUCUUCUUCUUUAUAAGCAUAGGCUCACUUCUGGCCGUAACCGUUCUUGUGUACAUCCAAGACAACCUUGGGAGAGAAUGGGGUUAUGGAAUAUGUGCGUGUGCCAUACUGCUUGGCCUGGUUGUGUUCUUGUCGGGCACGAGGCGGUACCGGUUCAAGAAGCUCGUCGGUAGCCCGCUUACGCAGAUUGCUGCGGUUUUUAUCGCUGCGUGGAGAAAGAGGCAUUUGGAGCUACCUUCGGAUAUGUCGUUGCUGUUCAACGUCGAGGACAUAAAAGACGAGGGACGGAGGAAAAAGAAGCAGAGUUUGCCCCAUACCAAGCAGUUCCGCUUCCUGGACAAGGCAGCAAUCAAGGACCAGGAAAUGUCUAGUAGUGGGAAUACCAGUACUGCAGUAAACAGAUGGUAUCUUUCAACCCUAACAGAUGUUGAAGAAGUGAAAUUGAUCGUCAGAAUGUUACCCAUAUGGGCCACCACUAUCAUGUUUUGGACGAUCUAUGCUCAAAUGUCCACAUUCUCAGUCUCUCAAGCAACCACCAUGGAUCGCCAUAUCGGCUCGUUUCAAAUCCCCGCAGCUUCCCUAACAGUCUUCUUCGUCGGUAGCAUUCUCUUGACUGUCCCAAUUUACGACCGAAUCAUUGCUCCCAUUGCAGGGAAAGUGCUUAAAAACCCACAAGGUUUAACCCCAUUGCAACGCAUAGGGGUUGGUCUCGUUUUCUCAAUUUUUGCAAUGGUGGCAGCAGCACUCACUGAACUAAAGCGUUUGCGAGCCGCAAGAUCAUAUGGUUUGACGGAAAAUCCAACCGCAGAGAUCCCAUUAAGUGUGUUUUGGCUGGUUCCACAGUUUUUCUUUGUGGGAUCUGGGGAGGCCUUUACGUAUAUAGGGCAGCUAGAUUUCUUCCUGAGGGAGUGUCCAAAAGGGAUGAAGACAAUGAGCACAGGACUCUUUUUGAGCACACUUUCGCUAGGGUUUUUCGUUAGCUCUGUACUGGUUAGUAUCGUGCACAAGGUGACAGGGAAAAGGAGGCCGUGGCUAGCGAAUAAUCUCAACCAAGGGAAGCUUUACGAUUUUUACUGGCUUUUGGCAAUCUUGAGUGCUUUGAAUUUGGUCCUAUAUUUGGUUUGUUCUAAGUGGUAUGUGUACAAGGACAAGAGGCUUGCGGACGAGGGUAUAGAGUUGGAGGAAGUGGCCGAGCCUACGUGCCAUGCAUAACGGUUUGAUCUCUCUGAUCUUUUCAUUUUAUCUUGCACGGUACGUAGCGCGGCCAGUCCAUUCGAUCUACCGUCAACGUGCCUGUAAUUAAUAUAUAUGUGUACAAAAAGAUCAAGAAUGGAAAGUACGUAGCAAGAAUCUCGGCAAGAUAUAAUCCCUCCCUUCAUGUAUUACAAUUUGGGUGGCUUUUGGUCUGAGGCCGGCCAGGGAGGGCUUCUGUCUGAGGAAACCGUUUGGUCGAGCUGAGCUUCUGAGAGGGAGACAUGAAUUUUGGGCGAGCGAACGGCGGGAGACUUCUCCCAAAAGCUUCUGAUAGUUUUUGGAUCUCGGGCCAGAGGAAAUGCAGAAGGCAGAGGUCGAGCAGAAGGUAGAGGAGGAGAAAAAUAAAUAAAUAAAUAAAGCCUUGUGGGCACUUGGAUAGUGAAAGAGUAGUAGUGGGUAGGAAGUAUAUCGUUACCCUAUCAGGAAAAAUACCAUAUAGUAUUACAAAUAUAUAAAAAUAAUAUUAUAUAUGGUACAAAUAUAUGUUUAAUAGAGAGAUGAUAUUUGAAGUUGUAGUUGUGCAA